AUGAGGACAUCCUUCUUUCUCACGCUCCUGGCGAGCGGAUCUGCUUUGGCCGGUGUUGUUCAAAAGCGCCAGAAGCCUUCAAGCAGUGUCCCUGCUGUCGGCGUUCAACCUCACACGGGGCAAGACACUACUAGUCCCAGUGCCCCUAGUGUUACUCUUCCUAGUAUCACUAUCAUCACUGCCCCAAGCAUAAGUGUUCCUUCGGUUACUGUCCCAAGUGUCACUGCACCUGCUGCUAGCUCUGGCCCGGCAACUCCACCGGAAAGUGUUGUCACCAAGACGUCCACCUACACCACCACGACCUGCCCGGUCCAUACAACUACCUACACAUCUGGUACCAACACCAUUACCCAGCCAAUCACGGGUACUAGCACGAUCGUUGUGACUGCGACUGUUACCUGCACAAAGGAGGUCUGCAAACCUCACACUCCUUCUGCAACCAGCGUCCCUGUUUCUCCUUCCGAUCCCCCGACCACUGUUUUGCCAACUACUGUUCUUCCCACUUCCGUCACUCCUUCGCCAUCUGUCCCUGCUGUGGCACCUUCGAGCACACCAGAGGUUAUCGUCACCAAGACUAGCACCUAUACGACCACUACCUGCCCGGUCUCCACAACUACCUACACCUCUGGUACCAACACCAUUACCCAGCCAAUCACUGGCACCAGCACAAUUGUGGUGACUGCGACAGUAACUUGCACAAAGGAAGUUUGCCAACCACACACUCCUUCUCCAACAAGUGUCCCAGUUUCUCCUCCUGCUCCUCCAACUGUUCUGCCCACAUCGGUAGCUCCAACAUCAGUUUCUCCUUCUGUUACUACUUCUGUUUCUCCACCCCCUGUUGGUACAACUUCGGUACCUGUUCCUAAUGUGUCUUCGUCGUCUGCCCCAAUUCCACCUCCCAUCACCACCCCCUCUUCAGUUCCUAUUCCUGGAGGCUCCACAACCACUCCGGAGGUUAUUAUUACCAAGACCUCAACUUAUACUACUACUACCUGCCCUGUUCACACUACAACCUAUACUUCUGGAACAGAAACAAUUACUCGGCCAAUCACUGGAACCAGCACUAUUGUGGUAACAGACACAGUGACCUGCACCAAGGAUGUUUGUCAGCCACACACUGCUCCCCCUACCAGUGUUCCUGGUCCUACGUCAGUUCCUGGUCCCAGUUCGACCGCUCCGGAGUCGAUCCCUCCUGGCUCAGUUACACCCAGCCCUGCUCUUCCUACUUCUGUUCUUCCAACUUCGGCUCCCGCUCCCACAACGGUUCCUGGUGAAGUGACGACCACCCCGGAGGUCAUUAUUACAAAAACAAAUACCUACACAACUACAACGUGCCCAGUUCAUACCACCACCUAUACUUCUGGAACAGAUACUAUCACUAAGCCGAUCACUGGAACCAGUACUAUUGUAGUGACGGACACCGUGACUUGUACUAAGGAAGUCUGCCAGCCGCAUACAACUACCGUUCCGGCCGAGACAGUCACCGAUACACCCAGUCCGGUGACAAGCGUUGAGCCUACUACUGCACCUGGAACUUCACCUGCACCUGGAACCUCUCCUGCACCCGAAACUUCCCCUGCCCCCGAAACUUCCCCUGCCCCCGAAACUUCCCCUGCUCCUGGCACAACUGUCGUUCCAACUGUCAUUCCAACUGUACCAAACUCUGAGACUGCCCCAGUCCCUGCCACACAAACCGUUACUCCAAGUGUGCCCAACUCUGAGACAAGCCCAGUUCCUCCACCGGGCACUGGUGUUUCUCCAACUACAAUUGUGUCCACCUCUGUCCCCCCAGUGCAGACUACUGUAACGGCCCCAGAGAGUAUUAUCACAAAAACGACCACGCGUACCACUACUACUUGUCCAGUUGGCACUACUACUUUUGUCUCAGGCACCCAAACUAUCACCAAGCCUACAACCGGUACUAGCACCAUUGUGGUAACGGACACUGUGACCUGCACCAAGGAUGUAUGCCAACCGCAUACGGUUCCAGAAACUACCGUGGUGGCCCCAACUACUGUCCCUACCCCAGUCGUGGUGACUCACACCUUCACUACGAUUACUUGUCCAGUGUCUCAAUCAACCUCCGUCAGCGGAACUACGACUAUUGUCAUCCCAAUUACUGGGACUAACACCAUCACGAUAACCCAUGUAGCCACAUCUACCUAUGCCACUGAAACUACAGUUGUUCCCCCCCCUGUUGAAACGACUGUCAUUCCUCCCCCUGUUGAAACAACUGUUGUUUCCUCAGCCGGUCCCACAACUGUCAUUCCUCCUCCUGUCGAAACUACACUCGUUUCCUCAGCUGGCCCUACAACUGUGAUCCCUCCUGUCGAAACGACUGUUGCCCCGCCACCGGGAGACACAACCAUUAUCUCUAUUGUUAGUGCUACGACUGUAGUAUCUUCUGUUGGUACCACUGUCGCUCCUGCUCCUACCGGUCCACCUCGCCCAGGAAAGACACCUAGCACACCUUCUCCUUCAAGAAGACCUUCGCCUUCAUCUAGUGUCGCCAUUCCAGGAAGACCUAGUUCCCCAAGCAUCCCUCUCUAUACAAAUGCUGCUUCAUCUAUCAAAAUUGGCCAGACUGGUUUGAUUGCCGGUGCUCUUGCCAUGGUUGCUUUGUUCUGA